AUGAGACCCCAGAAUUCAUUCAACAGAGGUCGUCCAUUGUCACGUCGAAACUCUCUCAAACCCAAUAAAAAAUCCCACAAGAUCACCAAGAACUCGCCAGUGCAGACACCUCACUCCGACGUCACUGCCCCCCAGAACUUCAAAGACGUCAAACAACGCCGCACCGGUAAUGCACAACCUACCGCAGCCAGUGAUGUUUCUCCGGCAGCAAGGCUUGCUUCGACUAAAAGAACCACUCCCAAGAAGAAAGAAAAGCCUUCUUGGAGUAAUGAAAACGAUGACAUGAUGCGGAUGUUGGAUAAUGGUGUAAAAAUGAGUCAAGUUCCAGGAAUCUUAACGCCGGAGCCGGCGAAAUUACCGCCAUUGACUCCUGAGAAUUUCUCGCCGAUAACAUGGCCAGCAACACCAACAGAUGCUUUCUCGCAAAUUUUCCCAUCGAGAACUCGGACGCCGGAGACAUUACAACAAAGACGGAUGGGGGGAUUUUCACCGGAAUUACGCCCGCAGUCGCAGACGGCGUUGUCUUAUAAUGACGUUAGGCCUGAGAACAACGCCUUUGCAAAUCCGACGGAAUCUCUUUCCCCUGAAGCUGGUCCGCCACAGUCGCCAGAGUCGCCACCGAACCAGUUCAAUCCUUUCAAUUACGACUAA